AUGGCACAGCGUCCUGAUGGAGGAAGGAGACGUUCGCGUCGUGACAGUGCGGACUCGAUACGGGGAACACUGCCUGCGUCCAAAGAUCGUAAGACCAAACGGUCCGGCAAGCCCGUCAAAGAACGAUGGCUGCUCACCAGAAAAACAUGGCGAUAUAUGGCCGAUGCCGGCAGACGUCUCAUCCCCGAUGGUACUCACAAUCGGCCAGAAGACAUACCAAAGAUCGAGCAAUACUUUCAAGAAGUGUGCCAGAAAGAACCGCGUUUUUUGCUUUGGAGGAAGGCUUCGUAUCCUGGCAGUCUGAGCUUCCGCACCCAGCGACGUCGUAGACAGACUAAAGGUGACAGCUGUCGAACGCAGGCUAGCUCGGCUGAUGAGGCUGAUGACGCUAGAAGUUCACCGCAGAGCUUCGUUCUUUCCGCAACCACAUCUGGCACAUUUGAUCUGGCAAAGGCAAAAAAAGAGUGGUUACUGACGUCAGGCGGUAGCAACGGUGGCGAUGGUAGCAGCGAUGGCGGUGGCGGUGACGGCGAUGGCGGCAGCACGCCAUCAAGCCCGAUAUCGCGUCGCAAGACAUUUCAGGAAGACACCGAGGCCAAGGAAUUGGCUGACAUGCUACAGAAGUACCUAAACAUGCAUGGUAACACUGUGGCCAAUCCGGCAAGGAUGGCUAUCAGGUCGCAGGGUACAACCGAACAGGCAGAAGGGAAAGAACCCUUCGACUAUCGUAGCCUGAUAGAUAAGCUGCAACAGCAUCUAAAUACGAUUGUAGCUCAGGCUAAACGUGAAAAAGUUUUUCCCAGUCAAAGUACUUCUAGCAGGAAAGACGUAGUUCCGGAAUCCAUGUUGCCAUAUCAGGGCGAUUAUGUUCACAAAUCGCUAAUGGAGACGCUCAGUCGUUACUAUGGCAAAUCAUCUUCCCGGGAACAUGUUAUAUCCGAUAUUUUGACAGAUCGAAAGCUCCUCGAAAAACUUUAUUUCGAUUUGAGAUGCACUAGAGGCUUUCGGGGACCCCGAGCAACCGGUGCAUAUACCUCACCGUCGACUCGAUGGUGGGCUCACGAGAGAAAUAGAGCGCCUACCAAAGAAUCUAAUCAGUCACUUAGAAGAGACCUAAUUUCACCACCGCCUUUAAUCGCUGUACAAGAACCUAGUACCGAUCGAAGUUUUCUUGAGAAUGGCGUGCAAACCGAUCCUAUUUCUCAAAAUGUUCUUGACAUGUAUCUAUUGGAGAAGGAAAAGGAAGAAUCCUCGCAAAAGGAGCAGAUGUCGCAAAGGUCCAGCGGACGAAGGUGUAGCAGCGUUGACAAUGACGACGUAUCACCGUCCGUGAGUGACACCAUCAAAAGGUAUCUGCGAAUGGCGCGAAAGAAGUCCAUGGACGCAGACAAGAUCGACCGAUUUAAACGGGUCAAUUACGAUCGGAAUUUACGGAAUAUCAAAGCCAAGGGUGAGAUUACCAAGCCUGGCGAUGACGACGGCAAUAACAAGGGCUGCCAGACAGAAGAUAAUUGGAUGGUGCAUUAUCGCGAGAUGUCCUUUUUUAGUCCCGGAGAAAUUCCAUCCGAGAAUUUAUCGGAUGCUGACACUACGACAUCCCCGCCUGUCAGUAGAAAUGCUAGUUCCAGAAGCAGCAUCGACGCCGGCCUCGGUUCGGAAGAGGCUUCCACCCCCGUUAAACAUCCCCAUCAUCAUCAGUCCUUCCUGUCCCAUCUCUUGCAUGGUUCCAACACGCAUAAGCCGCAUUCGGCACCCGGUUCGCCGGCACUUACGUCAUCGUCCGCCAAUUCCGCAGGUGGCACAGCGAUGCAGAAGAGCAAAUCCUCGAGUAACGUGGUGCAUCACGGCAGCCGGUUGGUGGCAAAGAAAAUUUGGCGGUCCAGGAGCAAAAGCACAUCGAGGGUGUCGCAUCAGCCGUCCGUGUGGACACCUCAGAAGUCGUCUAUACAAAGCAUCUACAAGUAA